AUGCAGCCUUCCGCUGCCACUGCUUCCAUGACAGACCCUUUAGCCGUGCUGGACCCCACAGGACACUUUGCAAAAAGAAAGAAAACUUCUCUUUGGUUCACAGUCUCUCUGUUGGUAGUGUCUAUUUUCAUACUGACCAUAGGCCUUGCAGCUACCACAAGAACAGAAAAUGUAACUGUGGGAGGUUAUUACCCAGGAAUAAUUCUUGGCUUUGGAUCCUUCCUAGGGAUUAUUGGUAUCCAUCUGGUAGAGAACCGGAAGCAGAUGCUGAUAGCAUCCAUCGUGUUUAUCAGCUUUGGAGUGGUAGCAGCUUUCUGUUGUGCAAUUGUUGAUGGUGCGUUUGCAGCACGACACAUAGAACCUAGGCCUUUAUAUACUAAACGGUGCCAGUAUUAUUCAAGUGGAGUAGGAUUCUUAUAUGAUGUCUACCAGACAGAGGUGACAUGUUAUACCUUAAACAGCAAGUGCCAGCUAAAAGUGAAGAGUAAUACAUGCUAUUGCUGUGAUUUAUACAACUGUGAAAACUCAGAACACUCUAUCAGCUAUUAUGAGUUCCUUGGCGUGAACAGCUGUCAGGAUGUGGUCCACUUGUACCGGCUGCUCUGGUCCUCCGCUGUCUUGAACAUCAUUGGAUUGUUUCUUGGUAUAGUCACAGCAGCCAUACUUGGGGCAUUCAAAGAUGUGGUACCCAUUUCGCAAAUUGCCUUCAGCUCUGGUCCUCCACCACAGAUUCUUUACAAUCCAGCUCAGCAGAUUUUGACAUAUGCUGGCUUUUGUCCUUCUGCCGCAGCUGUGCCUCAUUAUCCUUCCUAUCAUUUACCCCUUCAGCCUACCAGCAAUUUCCCAACUUCAUCAUCUACUGAUAUUUCUUUAUCUGAUGAUACCCAGCCACCAUCUCAGUCCAGCUCUAACUACGGCCUGCCUCCCAAUGCCCCUCCAUUAUAUACACCAACAUAUUUCCUGUCGGGUGAAAAGCCUCCACCGUACGUACCAUAACCAAGACAUCAAUAUCAACAGAUAGCAGAUUUUAAAAAACAGAAACACCACCUUGGCAAAAAUGUUUGCUGCCCUACAUAGUGGGCUUUCAAGAAUGUCAUUUCAAGUGACAUGGUAUUUCUUAAUUUUAAAUCCAAACACUUGUCAGUAAGAUAAUGAAUGCAAAAUAGGCAGGUAUACCUGCUACAGCAGUCAGUCAAAUAUUGCAUGUAGUCAGGUUCAACCUCCUUUUUAGCUAACGUGCAUUCCCUCCCAUUAUCUUAACACAUACACAGCAACUAUUUUUUAAGCAGAACCAGGUUCUGGAAAGCCAUGCACAGCAAGGUAAUGGCUGCAUUUGGAUAUUAAUGAUAAACUGUGGUUUAUCAUCAUGGGAAAGAACUAGGUAAGCUUUGAGCUCAUGCACUCUCCACCCUCUUCAAGUGUGGCUGCAAUUAAUAAAGUUGGAGCUUUGGUUUCCAUUUUUAGUUAACCACAAUUUAGCGUUGUCUGAAUCCUAAAC